CUGUGAUUCGGGUAAAACCUCGAUUUCACAGUCCCUUUCGUCCAUCCAUAUUCAUUGUAUUAUCUUUCGUUUUUCCCCAAGGCUCAAGGCCCCUUCCCAUUGCGUUCUUGAGUCGUACGCAAACACAAAAUCCACCAUUAGUAUUUGGGUUUUCGAAAUUCAGUAAAUUGUCAUCCUUUAAACGCCAUUUACACUCAAAAGGGUGGAGCUUCUGCAAAUGGGUCUCUGACUCUCUGAGUUUUUAGCUUUUUCACUCUACUGUUCGACACAUUUAGCUCGUCAGUGUGUUGGGUUCUUGUAAAGCCUUUGAAUUUGGGUUUUUCUCGGAUUGACGGCAAAUAUGAUGAGGUUUAAAGAUUUUUGGGUAAAGAAGACACUGGUGGGUCUUGGGUUGGGCCAGUUUCUCUCGCUUUUGAUCACUUCUACAGGCUUUUCAUCAUCCGAGCUUGCCAAAAAAGGAAUUAAUGUUCCUACUUCACAGUCUUUUCUGAACUAUGUGCUCUUGGCAAUUGUAUAUGGAGGUAUCAUGCUUUACCGAAGGAAGCCACUUAAGGCUAAAUGGUAUUACUAUGUGCUUCUGGGAAUAGUGGACGUGGAGGCAAAUUUUCUAGUGGUGAAGGCUUAUCAAUACACAUCUAUAACAAGCGUAAUGCUGCUGGAUUGUUGGUCUAUCCCAUGCGUUAUGCUUCUUACUUGGCUUUUCUUAAAAACAAAAUAUAGAUUCGCGAAGAUAACUGGUGUGGUGGUUUGUGUUGCUGGGCUAGUCAUGGUUGUUUUUUCAGAUGUUCAUGCAGGUGAUCGAGCAGGAGGGAGCAAGCCCAGUGUAGGAGAUGCCCUAGUAAUUGCUGGUGCUACGCUGUAUGCUGUCAGUAAUGUCAGUGAGGAGUUUCUAGUAAAGAAUGCCGACAGGGUUGAACUUAUGUCCAUGCUGGGCUUGUUUGGUGCCUUCGUCAGUGCUAUCCAAAUGAGCAUACUGGAGCGCCAUGAGCUCAAAUCCAUUCACUGGUCGUCUGGGGCAGUACUUCCUUUUGUUGGAUUUUCAGUGGCUAUGUUCCUAUUUUACUCAUUUGUCCCAGUCUUACUGAAGGCUAAUGGAUCCACAAUGUUAAACCUCUCGUUGCUGACCUCAGACAUGUGGGCAGUCUUAAUUCGCAUUUUUGCAUACCAUGAGAAGGUUGAUUGGAUGUACUUCGUGGCCUUUGCUGGCGUUUGUGUUGGGCUUGUUAUUUAUUCAGGGGGUGAAGAAGAGGAUCAACGCUGUGCUGAUGUUGCGGAUGAAGAUGCAGUGCAAAGCAAACAUUUUGACGAGGAAGCUGGUCCAGUAGGUCGAGGAACAGGGGCCGGGACCUCAAAAUCUGGGGAUAGCAGCAGGCAUGAAACAUGUUACUGGUAGCAGUACAGAAAGGGAAGUAGCUGACAACAAGAGCAUAGGAAAAUAUGUACAAGGGAGGAAAUCAUGAAGAAAAGUUUUCUUACUCUAAACUCAAGAGGCUAUAUCAACAUCGGUGACAAGAGACGACUGGCGACCGCCGCGGUUAAGGAAGUAAUGUUGGCUUCAUUGCAUUGCUAUUUAAACAAAAACUUGAACAAUGGAUGUUUGAGGGUUGAAAAUUGUAAAUGUAUAAAUUUUUUUUCUUUCUUUGACAAACGAUAGGAUAAUCCAUACUAAAUUACCGAGAGGCGGAUUCGAACAAGUCUGGAAGUUUUAGCUGGUCAUUCGACGUAUGGUGUCGAAUUGAUCAUUAGCUUGUAAGGCAAGGAAGUCGUACCGCCAAGCGUGUUCGUACUGCCUGCAUUAAAAUUUCUUGUUUAAUGUCACAAUGCCAUUGGAAGGAAGGUGAUCAAUAAUUUACCAAAUGUUAA